AAAGACAGUAGAGAUGCGCACAACCAACAUCACAAGCAGGCCGUGGGCACAGGAAACCGAGUGAACGUGUAGCACGAGUUCAUCGCUCCCUCGUAAGCAGGUGGCGAUCAUGAGGACAGCGGUGUUGCUGGCAGCCGCCUGCCUGCUGACUUUGGAUGUAAGGUGUCUGGGGGCCAGGAUCCUGGCAGUGGUGCCGACCCCAUCCAUCAGCCACCAGUUGCCAUUGAGGACUGUACUGCUGGAAUUGGCCAGGCGAGGCCACCAGGUCACCUUCAUCACCACCCACCCCAUUCAGGUUCCCACUGCAAAUUACUCUGAAAUAGACAUUUCAUUGAGUAGUAAAGCCUUCAGAGAAAGGAUUGAUUUCAAUGAAUUUCCUGAUCCAACGUCUCCUACGGCGAUCCUAAAAUUUAUUUUUGAUAUGGCGGAAAUUGGGUGCGCCAUUCAGUUUGGUUUGGAGCCAAUGAAAGAAUUUAUGAAAGUGGAGCAAACGUAUGACGCAGUCAUCGUAGAGAAACUCGGCAGCUCCUGUUAUUACGGCUUAGCACACAAAAUGGGAUCUCCACCGUUAAUUGGAUACACUUCUCUUGGAGCUACGUCACUUAUUCGGAAGACCUUCGGCGGUCCUAUUAAUCCUUCCUACAUCCCCGACUACAAUCUCGGCUACACGGACCACAUGACCUUCUGGCAGAGACUGUACAACGCUUACAUCUUACUGCGGUCGCUUGAUGUUGAAGAAAGAGCUUUUUAUGGAAGACACGAGGAGGAAAUGAGGAAGUAUUCCGGUGCGAACCCACCUACGUUGAGGGUGAUGGAUUACAAUUUCAGCCUCAUUUUGGUCAACAAUCACUUCAGCCUGAGCUACCCUGUGCCAAACACGCCAAAUAUUGUUGAAUUAACUGGAAUCCACAUCCAGAAGGAGAAGAAGCCACUGCCAAAGGAUGUGAGGCAGUUCCUAGACGGCGCGAGGGACGGCGUGGUUUACUUCAGCCUGGGCUCCAACGUGCAGAGCAGCGCCAUGCCUCCAGAGACAGUCCGCGCCUUCCUGGACGCUUUCGCAGCAAUGCCGCAGCGCGUGCUCUGGAAAUGGGAAGCUGAUGGACUGCCCGGUCAGCCCGGCAACGUGAUGACCGCCAAGUGGCUGCCGCAGCAGGACGUGCUGGCUCAUCCGAACGUACGCCUCUUCAUCACUCAGGGAGGACUACAGAGUUGGAACGAGGCAGCUUAUUUCUCUGUACCCGUCAUUGGGAUUCCUUUCCUAGGAGACCAGAUUUACAAUGUAGAAAAAAUGGUCGGUUUAGGUGUCGGGCGAAGGCUGGAUUUAAAAGACGUCACCAAAGACAGCGUUUUGGAAACAGUACAGACAGUUCUGGAAGACAAGAGCUACCAGGAGAACAUGAAGCGGUUCUCCGCCAUCUACCGGGAGCACCAGAGCACGUCCCUGGAGAGGGCGGUGUGGUGGGUGGAGUACGUGAUCCGCCACCAGGGGGCUCCUCACCUGCGCAGCGCAGCCCUCGACCUGCACUGGUGGCAGCUGCUGCUGCUCGACGUCAUAGCCUUCAUACUGGCUGUGGCGGCUGUGGUGGCGUUUGUCCUCUACAGGCUGACUCUGUGGCUCUUCUCGUGGCUCACUCGACCCAGCAAAUUGAAGAAACAGUGAAACUGUUGAUGCCUGAUGUUCCUUUAUCUUGGAGCACAAAUAUCUGUGUCUUUGUUCCGUGCAAGCUGGUUGAAUGUUUAUUUGGUGCAAUGAUGCAAAUGUCGAAAUCGAGGAAUCACAGUCAGCAUUUCAUUGGUAACUUACAAUAGUAUAUAUUAGUAUAUAAUAGCAUAAUAUAAUAGUUCAUACGGAACAUGUUAAUUACAUGCAUUUAGAAACUGUUUUAGUACAAAAUUAACUCAUUGCGUUCUACUGUAUAAAGUAUAUUGCCCCUGUUAUUGUGAAUGACUGAAACAUGUGCAUUGCUCACUAUGAAGACCUUGUGAUUAUAUAUUCGGUUAGGAUAGCAUAGAGUAAUGCCUCGCAUACUAAGUCCAAAUAUAUUUCCUCUGUCAUUAGCUCCUCAUCUCUUCAGGUCGCCCAUACCACUAUCCCUACAAUCGCUAUAACGUAAAACAGCUUAAUAAAUGGAGCUGCCUGCUGUCUAAAACACUGAACAGCCUGUUCCAUAUGUAACAUUCUAUAACUACGUAAUCGACAGUGAUGAUUUCAUUGUAUGUACUACCAACGUUUGGAAUACGUUUGACUGCACGAGGGGUAUCAAAUGCAUCAACCCAGCCUCAGCUCUCCCAACAUCCGAAAAGGCCCAGAAGCUUCAAUUGGCUCCCUCUGCGUCAGGAGGAGGUCACCUUGGUAUUGUGGUACUUCAGAUAUUUUGCGAAGUGAAGCAACACAGUACAGCAGACUGCUGUUCUAAACUUUAUCAUGAUCAGUUCCACUCCAUCGGCAGUUUUCACACCCAGUACGCAAGAUAUACUUCAAACGUGUGGCAAAUGUCUCCACUAAGUGCAGCCCACUCUACAAGUGCCAGAAGUUGCUAAAUGGAAGAUAUUUAUGUAGUCUAACAGUAGCACAGUUAAUGGUAAGAGAAGUGCAGUAACCUUCUGACCAUUCAUUAAUUGACCACCAAGUGAUUCCAACAUGGUUACACAGCUUCACAAUAUACUGUCAACAAUAGAAAGCAGCUAGUGCCAUGUUUAUCCAUCGACUCCCUUUCCCA